CUCUCUAACAAUUCCCUUGUCAUCAAAGCAAAGGAAGGUGAAGUUGGGUUGUUGGUCACCAUCUAAAAACCCAACUUCACCUUCCUCAAUCUCUUAUCCUUCAAACCUCACCUCUUUCUUCAUCUUGAGGUUAAAAACUCGAUUUCCCGUACCCAUAAAAAUGACAUUAUUCCAAUCAAUUAAACUCGAAUUCUCUUGCAUUAGCUCGUCAAAAACACUCAAAUAGCACAAUAACAUACAACUUUUCUACCACUGAGGUCUUAGCCUAUCGGUUAAGAUUGAGAGUCUGUAAUUUGCAUUGCAGUUGUGGCCUGCCGCCUGUGGGCCUGUGGCCAUUCGCGCCAGGCAAAAAUAACAUACAACUUUUCUACAACUGAGCUGGUCUUAGCUGAGUGGUUAAAAUUGAUGGUUUGUGUACGAUAGGUCUCAAGUUCGAAUCCUCCGCCUUCUUUUAUAAUUUGCAUUGCCGUUGUGGCUCAUUUCGCUAUGGGGAUUCCUAGUCAUGUUCCGUUUUCAACGUCGAGAUUAAUAUCUGGUGUACCUCGAGAACAAGAUGGAGUCGUUACAAACGAUCAAAUAAGGCCUAUAAGAGAAAUCUCAUUCGUUGUACGGAUGGCAAUGAGAGUAUCGAGAGCAAAGUGGUUUACGUUCCUUAGAAGGGUUUUUCAUUACCAAAAUGGAACAAGAUCUCACCUAGGAGAUAACCCUUUUAAUUUGUGUGGUUGGAUGAUGCUUGAAUUUGUAGCACUUUUGGUACAAAUUUGUGUUACUUCGAUUACUCUAUUUGUUUCUAAGGAAGAAAGGCCUGUUUGGCCUAUGAGAAUAUGGGUUGUUGGGUAUGAUUUUGGUUGUGUUGUGAGUCUUCUUAUCUUGUGUUGGAGGUAUAGACAUUAUCAUUUGGGAGGAGGAGAUGAUGGGGUGAAUUUUCCUGAUUUGGAACAGCAAAGAGACAAUGAAGAAUCAAGGGGUUUGCAUUUUGUGAACAAAUGCAAGGCAUCACUAGACUUAAUCUUUGCACUAUGGUUUGUAAUGGGAAAUGUAUGGGUUUUCGACUCGCGAUUCGGAUCCUUAAACGGAGCUCCGAAGCUUCACAUCCUUUGCAUAACCAUAUUGUUUUGGAAUGCCAUAACAUAUUCCUUUCCUUUCCUUCUUUUUAUUCUGUUCUGUAUUUGUGUUCCAUUAAUCAGUAGCUGCAUUGGCUAUAAUAUGAACUUGGGUUCUGCUGAAAAGGGGGCUUCUGAUGAUCAAAUUUCUCAGUUACAUUGCUGGAAAUUUAAAUUGGUUGACAACAGUUUUGAUGCUGGAAAUUCCUCCCCUGCUAAGGACAAUCCAGAAUGUUGUAUAUGCUUGACAAAAUACAAGGACAAAGAAGAGAUAAGGCAAUUACCAUGUUCACAUAUUUUCCACAAGAAAUGUGUGGACCAAUGGCUCACGAUUAUAUCAUGUUGUCCUUUAUGUAAACAAGGUUUAGAUCGAUAGGUAUACAUAGUAUUAGGUAAACCGUUCAAAGAUUAUGAAUUGGGUUUACGAUUAUAUUGUACAGCUUGUAACUAUAUAUACGUAGUACGAAGUACGGAGUAUAUUGUAAUAUAAAAACGAAUACAAUGAGUUUUUUACAUUCAUGUAUGGAGGAUAGUUUUUCACAAGAAAAUUAUGAACGUUAGGAUAUGAUCACGAAAUCCAUACAAAUUUAAUGUGAUUUUAAAAAAAUCAUAUCAUAAAUCUUACUUCAUUUUUGUUUGUUUUUGUUUUUUUUUUUUUUUUUUUUACGGGGUAGUUUUAUUUCUUAAGUUCACAACCGAUUAAAUAUUCUACUUUUUAUAUAAUUGUUCUUAAGGAUAAUUCAUUUAUUCGGAGUACUCCGUAUUUCACAAGCUAUGAUUGAUACGUACGAACUAAAUAUGAAGUAUGUAUUGCAAUUUGCAAGUGUAGGAGUAUCAAAGUUUUCGGCCUAUUUCAUACGUGGUAUUCAAAAAUAUCUAAAAGUGAGAAUAUUUAGCUUUUAUGUGCAAAAAUUGUCUCCUAUAUUCUAACCAUUAUUGAUCUAAAGACACCUCCCAAGUAUUAUUCUUUUUAUGCAACAUCAAUAUCAAUAUUAAUAAUAUUAUAUUAUUAUUCCCACAUUGUAAAUUUAAAGUGUACAAUUAUCCAAAUGCAAGGAAUGUGAUUAGAUGAAUGUCUUAAUUUAAUUAUGAAAUAUUCAAAGUUUAUAAUAAUGACAUAAUUAUUCUUCUUGACACUAAAAAAAGAA